GAGCCGUGCUUAAACAAAGAACUUGUAAAAAAAAAAAAGACAGGCUUGGAGCUGGACUGGUCCGGUAAUUAGAAGAAAAAAAUGUAAUUCAAAGUUGCAGUGUUCAUCAAUCGGACAAGUGAAAUGGCAGAGAAAUUGGCUCCUGAGAAGCGCCAUGCUUUCAUCCAGAACGGGCAAAGAGUGUUCGAAUGGGAUCAAACCCUGGAGGAGGUAAAUAUGUACCUAAAUUUACCUCCAAAUGUACCUCCGAAGCAAUUCUACUGCAAGAUUGAGUCCACUCAUCUUCAACUUGGCAUCAAAGGCAACCCUCCUUACCUCAAUCACGACCUCUCUUGUCCAGUCAAGACUGAUUCUUCUUUUUGGACUUUAGAGGAUGGCAUAAUGCACAUAACACUUCAGAAGAGGGAGAAGGCUAAAACUUGGCCCUCUCCAAUACUGGGUCAAGGUCAGCUCGAUCCUUACUCCACCCAUGCUGAACAGAAGCGCCUCAUGCUUCAGAGGUUUCAGGAAGAGAACCCUGGUUUUGACUUCUCACAGGCUCAAUUUUCGGGGAACUGUCCUGAUCCUAGAACAUUUAUGGGUGGAAUUCACUCUGGUUAACAACCAGGAUGUGCUUAGAUGAGUGUCAUUAAACUCUAACCAAUCUCUAGUAAAUAAAACAUUCUAUUUGUUGCUUCUGUAUUAGCUUGUUAACGAAUAUUAUGGCUAUAUAUUUGAAAUAAGCAGACUAAGAUUUGCCCCUUGUUUAUUGUAAGUAAUAUUCUUUGUUUAUAAUUAACAUUCGGUUGUCCUUCA